AAACCGUGGGACCGCCAUCUUGGAACGGUCGCCGCUUCUCUGGCAAGCAGCGCAUUGAUCGCACCGUGACUGCUGAAUAUGGGCGUCAGUAACCCGACACUGUAACUCCGUGUAGGAAGGACGACCGCUCCAAGAUGGCGACUGUGCUUCACGCGCCCCUCCAGCCAAUGCGACUUCUACCCUUUAUGUAUAUGGGCCAGCGGAGUUUGGAGCAGUUUGGAGUCAUUUCCGCUUGAGGUUGUGGAAGUUUUUUUUUCUUUAAGCAAGUUUAUCCCUUUUAAAUCUCGACAACCGUCGCCAUGUCCAACAACAACGCCAGCAGCAACUUGGUCGUGGCUCAGAGGGCCGUGAAGCAGCUCCGGAUAGAGGCCGGGGUCCGGAGGAUCAAGGUGUCCCAGGCCGCUGCUGAGCUCAGAAACUUCUGUCUCCAGAACGCCUCCAAGGACCCUCUGCUGAUGGGGGUCCCCUCCAGCGAUAAUCCUUUCAGACCCCCCAAAUCCUGCUCUCUGUUCUGAGCAGGAGAAAAGGACGGAUUUCUGGAUUCAUUGAAGCAUCCUUACUUCUGAUUGACGUCGGCGCUCCUCUGGGGAAAAUGCACUCGCUCUUGAAGGAUUUCGGGGUAGGACCAAUCCGGUCCAAUCUGGUCUACUUGUUUGCCAAAAACGAAUGAUCUCAUCUGUUGUUAUAAAGCAGAGUCAAACUCUACAUGUUAAGGCAGAAGAUGUUCUCAACACUAACUUUGGUUUAAUGAUUAAUCUCUGUUUGCUUAGUGCAUCCAUUUACUGACUUUGUUUGCAUUGGGCCCAGUUUAAAUGCCUCCUGAAUGUUUCACUUUUCAAAGUAGAUGGAGAAAUAAUCAAAUAAACCAGGUUUUGUUGUACACUAAUUAUUAUUGUAUGUAUAAAACAGAUGAAGCUGCAUUUGUUUCCAACAGACCGAUGUGUCACCCUUUUUAACUAAACUGAUGCCUGCAGAUAUUUGGUACCACUUACUGAUGAAGGUCCAAUUUAAUGCUUUAUGAAUGAGUUUGUAAACAUCAUUAGCAGUCACUAAUAAUAAUAUUUAAAGGGGCUAUAUCAUGUAAAAUCAACUUUUUUGAGCAUUAUAUCAUGUAAUAA